AUGGCGUCAUGGGCAGCUCUAAACGUGGUAGGUGGCAAUGAUCAGGAUCGCCUUGCACAAGAGCACGCCACAGAGGAAGCACAAGAUGCUGAUAACGCUGCUGUUUACGAGCGUGCGCUACGGUUUCAGCAGAAACAGAAGACAACGCAAGCCAAGACGCUGUAUCUGCAACUCCUUGGCGGUCAAAUCCAUCUGAGUCCACGUCUCGAGUAUCUAUGCAAUAAGAACUUAGCCACAAUGGAGCAAGAGGCGCAAUCUUUUGAAAACGCACUGCAGUACUAUGCAGCUGCAUUAGCACUGGAUGCUACAGACGUUGUGGUCUGGUUUCAGAUGGCUACAGCCGCUUUGGAGACGGGCAAAUUGUGGCUUGCACGAACGACGCUGGAGGAGGGGCUUAGGGUAGAUGCUACAUACUGGCCCUUGGUUGAGACGCUAGUGCAGGUUCUGAGUCAGAUUGGGGAUGAGAAAGAGUACCAGAGGGUGGCAUGCUACCUUCGCCAGAACGACCCGCACUGUGCUACGUUAAAGGCUCUUGACAAAAAGAGAGCAAGACCUUCGACAGUGCAAGAUCUAAAUGCACUUAACCGUGCAAAGAAGAAGUUGCACCAUUUAAAAAAUAUUGCGGAUUUUGAAGUGCAAAAGAGGAAACGAUUGCAAGAGGAAAUGAAUGAUGCCCUCAAGAUGAAAAUGCGAGCGAGGAGCUACGAGCUACUCGAGCCGUCGUGGGUGAGAUUGGGUACAUUAUUGCUUGAGAUAUUUGAAGAGGUGACUAGGAGUGAGACGGCAGAUGUUAUGCAGACAGAGGUGGAUAUCAAAGUGGGGUUUAAAGAAGAAAAAAUGGUGCUCGAAGUUGAUACGGCUGGAAACAACAUGUGCAGCACAAACGACCCAGAGGUUAAUAGUUGUGCAAACACAGAGUCAGUGCCCUCUCCAUCAAAGCACAUAAAAAACAACGAAAUCGCAAUAUCUACUACUACUUUGGAAUCUUCUUUAAUCACAGCAAUGUCUGACAACGACACACUUGACAGUGCCAACUACUCAGGGGACAUUGCACAGGUACAUCCCAGUAGGCGAAAAUCCCGCCGUCACGAGGAGCGAUUACGAGAAGAACAUGCUGCUGCGGUGAAGAAAGCUCGCGAAGAAGACUUAGUGUACCGUUUAAAUUUUUUUCUUCCAGAGGUGCUGAAUGAAAAAAGUAAAGGGAUGAGUGCAGAAGCUGAUUUGAUCCAAUGGCCGCUCCCACUGAACGUGAAGCUUGUUGGUUCUGAGUUUCGUAUAUCUGAUGCGAACGACAUCACUCUUCUAAGCACACCGUCCUUCGUGCUGGCUUCAUGUACUGAAAAAGUUAAUCUCUGUUCAUCUCAGGUACCUUUUCGAGAGCAAAUAGCGUCGACUAUGGCAUCCUCGCUAAAUUGUGUGACCAGAUCUCAAGUUGCGACUUUUAUUGAUGAUGCUAAAAACUGGUCAAGUCGUGGGGUGAUGGAUUGGAUGCGUUGCUUUCUUAAUCAGUGUGGACAAUGGUCUCAUUUAAGGCUUGAAAGGGAUGGUGAAGACAUUUAUCAAGUCUGCUUGUGGCUAGAAAGAGCACUGAAUGGGGAACUAGAUGUCGCGAAAGGCACACUUCAAAUGCAAGCUUCAGUGAUCGCCAUUGCAGAUCAUUCAGCGAGUCACAGCAGUCGCUACAGAGGGAAUGGCUUAGGUCUUAGCGCCCGGCUUUUUUUAUUGGAACUACAUUUUGAUCGACUUUUGCGUCAGCGUGUCUGUGGAAAGAAGGGACGCAAGGUGAGAAGAUUAGUGGAAAGUUUAUUGGGUCAGGCCCAAAAGCUUCUGUUUGAGUUUGGCUGGCUGGAAAACCCUGAAGAUCCACUAAGCAGUCCAACCGAAAAAGAGUUUUUGCGUUUACUGUGGUUCAUGGCACGAAUGUACGAGCGUUGCGGAAAUCCUCAAAUGGCACAACAGUUCUAUAUGAAGUGUAGAGACAAACAGUUUGAUUCGGAAGAAAGGAAGGAAAACAGCCACGCUGCCACUCGAGUCGAACUGCCUAAUUCAAAAGUGGGAAAUGUGAUCACUCUCGCAAUUUUGGAAGAGAAGAUAUCAGGGCUGCGAUUCUCGGAUGUUUGCUUCGAGGCACGACGCUUGUUUGAUGAAGGUAAUCACGACCAAGUCAUUGCAGCUUUACUUGACCAUUUUUUUCCUUCUGCCCAGUAUUCUCGGAUGACGGACUUCCUCCACGAGUUUGGAAUUGAACCAGUUUCUAAUUCGACCCAGAGUGGGGCAAAAAAGAAACUUAUCGAAUUGUUGCUCGAGUCAAUCAAGGAAAGCUUAAAGUUUACGGAAGAAGACCGAGUGCUAUUUCUGCUAACUAUAUUUUAUUCCGUAAUUGAAUUUUUGGAUGAAAAAGCUAACACAGAAGAACGCAGGGUAAUUGAUGACCCGGAAGAGGACUUGUGUUUUAAUGCUCUCGCUGCGAUUGAUUUUGUAUUGAGACAGCUGACCAGCGAUAGUUGCGAGAGUAUACGCAAUCGACACCACUGGUUAUUGUUGUGUGGGUUGUGUGUGAAGUGCCUGAAGCCCUCGAUUAUUUUGCGCUUCCGUUCGCCGAUCGACCUACUUAAGAUAACUUGUAGAGUAUUAGAUAUGGAGGUAUUUUCUAGUGAAGACGACAUUACCGAUCGAAUGUUCAAAGUGAAGGCUUUCUCGAAUCUAUUGUAUGACAUACGAUUGCGAAAUGAUAAGGAAUAUAAAAAACUGUCCAGUCUGGUACCUCAUUCUUCGAAGAAAAAACAGACACGUCGUGACCGCAUCCGAGUGGUUCUCGUGGAGACAUUGCGCGUGAUAAACAGAGCAUUUCAAAGUAACAACAAGCUUGUGUUGUCGAUUUCGCGAAUAGAACGAACAGCUCUUAUGACUUUAUGCGGGACAUUGAUGAAGGAGGAGGAGGAGACAAUGGCGCGAAGCGAUGUUAGGAUUUCCAAACAACUUUUUGGCAAUGGAGCCAUUUUGUUCUUGCUCCUCUUUGAAAGUUUUUGUGAGCCAGAUCCGACAAAGUUUCCCAAUGAUCUAGUUGACUUAAUUCACCUUCUUCAUGAUAGACUUGGACAACAUGGUAUCUGUAGUUUAAGCUAUCUUAUUGACACUGGAUCAGUUGGCGAUACGUGUAGCAGAUCGUGCUUUCUUGAGUCAUGCACCGCGAUUCUGUCUCGACAUACACCUCAAAAUGCGGAUGUUCAAAUGAAACUUGAGUCGCGUAGUGCGGUUGAAAGCAAUCUGGAAGAGGUCGACGAUCAAAAAGUCGAGCAAGAAGCCAAGCUGCGCUUUCAAAUGGAAAUUUGUCAAUGUUACCGCUGUUUGUAUGAUGUGCAAAUACUACCAGGAUGCGAAGAUCACAAAUCUGGGACCACUUUUGCCUCGCUCCAAAGCGCAGCCAUACCUUUUAAGCACGAAGACGCACUGCGAUUAGCGUGUUUCUCUGUGCCAAUUAUGUUAGCCUCCAAGCCAAAGAAUAACGGGCAAAAGAAAGAGCGACUUAAGCUACUGUAUGCGCUGCGUAAUGCCCUUGCCGACUCAAAUUUUGCUGCUCUCGCUGCUCAACCGGCUACUAGUUAUCCGCUGCUAGAGGCAUACUUGGCUCCACGAGGGUUGCUGACAGAUGUUGUGUCUCCGCCGAUCCCAAUUGAGACGGCAAACUCUAAAUCAAAGAUACUUGAUGAAAGCUGCCUUACUCAUUUGUGGUAUUUGUUGGGAGCAAAUUAUAUCCUGGGACGCGUUAAACGACGAGGCAGUUUGGGUGAGUUGACGGAAAUGGAACAACACGUUAGAGAACGCGUGGGAUUUCUGGUAAAUGACGUGUUGUAUUUCCAUCCAGAUCGAAUUGAUUCGUGGAUUCGGUUAGGAAAGACAAUGAAGGAGUUAUAUCAUGCUGCCACGGAUGCAUUUGCGGCUGUGCUUGGACGGCAAAGACGAAUUAAAGCGUUUCUUUGGUAUACGAGCAAGAUUCUGGACACGGACGCAACUCGUCUAUCGGGAGGUAUCACAGAAGAUCAUAGUGAUAUUUCAUUUCAGAGCCUAAAAACAAGCUGGGAUCUCUUUAAAAAAAUGAAGGAGUGGCAAGAUCAACACUCAGAUGAAAUCGAAAAUGACAAAAAGACCCUUUUCUCGGCACAAGGAAUUAGUCAAGUUGUACUAGGAGACGAAUCUGAAUCUAGUACAUUUACCAUCGAAGAAUUCGCGAUGACGUAUAUCAUGCGGGUUAUUGAAUUUGCUAAACGAUGCUUUGAAAGGGCUGCGCAUUUGGCUGAUGAGGCUGCAAGGAAAAACAAAGAGAAAAACUAUGCUCAGCAUGGCGAGUCGGCCAGAGAUUCAGAGUUUGAUGAGAGCAACGAUGAUGAAGAGUUAAGGAGUCUUGAAAGUGUAAUGGUCGAGUGCAAUGAAGAGUGUGGCAUGCUCUUGUACAACCUUAUCCAAGAGUUCUCGUUGAUCAAAGAAAUGGAUCUUGCAUUAUUCCCGCGUAGCGCUUACUUACGUUUAGUCUUGAUGGCACUAGCGUACUUUCGAAGAAGCUUUGCAAUUUGUGAGCUCAACAAAAAUGCCUACGAAACUCACUUUCGAUUGCUGUACAUGGUGGGUAAAACGUUGAAGAAAAAACGAUGGUGCGAGCUUCAUUCACAGAAUUUGUCAGAGGCAUAUGCAACCGCCGAAGAAAUGGCCAAUUGCUUUGUUAAGGCAGAAGAUGCUCGACAGAAAGGGGAUAGAGAGCACGCGCUCGUUCAUGCGUUUUAUGCUCUUCAAGCAUUGCGGAUUGAUCUUACGAUUAGUGACUCUCCAUCAGUGUCGGCGUUGUGCUUAGCUUGUCGACUUUUUUACGAGGAGGGGGAAAACGAAGACGUAGGAGUCGACAACUUGGUCAGCAGUCAAAAGACAACAGAGCUGACCUCGUUAAGUGAAGGAUUUGAUGUUAAUAUUAUCGGCGACUUGACUCAUGCCAAUUCUCGUCGAAGAGACGAGAUAUUAGCUCUCCUAUCGGACACUGAAUGCGACGAUUCCGUUCGUGAAGUAAACGUGACACUCGUGCGAGGCUGGCUAGCCUUAAAUAUAAUCGAAGCCCUUGAGUCCAUUCCGAAUGAAGAUCGAUACUUUCAUCCAUCUCGUUAUGUGUUAGCGCGUAUGGUCUAUUGGCUGUCAACUUUAUACUCCACGCUCGAGCAAAGCGGAUGCAAAAGUGACGAAAUGAGCACCCUACUUGCUGCCAUACAAGCACGGCGAAGAACCGAAAAGGUUGUCGGUCCGUCCGAUGCAGCAGCACGAGCGCUAAAAGUAAUGGCACCUAUUUUUGACAAAAAGCGCCCUCAGGUCGUCGCAAUUUGGAUCUCUGAGUACAUACCUACGGCAAAAAAGUUUGAAGAGCUGAACCAGCGACAAAUGAAGUACGAUUACUACCGACUUAAGUAUUGGCGAUUUUACAUUGCAUUACUCGUAGAAAACGCAGCGUAUGGUAGACUAAAGGAAGUGGGAUCGUGGGUGCUCACCUGCAAAGAGGAGCAUGAUGUCAUUGAUUUGAUGCUGGCUAUCGUGAUGGAAGCACGAGGCAAGUUGCUUCGAGGUCGCCUUCGAGAGCUAAUUACCGCAGACAAUACUAUUGAUACAACAAUAGCAACUGAUCGCCACUUAAAACUAUUGGCAAAAGCUUAUACAUUUUAUCUCGAAUUGCUGACUCAUGAGCAGCGAUUGGCACGUGUGGCGAAUAAUUGUGAAUUGAUAAAGCUCGCUGAGCUUUUAAUGGUGGCCGUAUUUUUCAUAAGUGCAGCUAAUCAACACCUUAAGAUGGAGAAACCGGCUGAAUUUAUGGAUCAACACUUUAAUGGCAACGUCACUGUCAUUAUAGAUGCUUUACUUCACAACGAUAUACCUCCCCGUGUCUACGACGCCCAGAAUCGAGACGCGUGGACGACCUAUCUAGACGCAGCUCAUUUGUUUUGCGAAGAGAAUUGGCCCGAACGUUCAAGUAAGGGCAAGCCAUCAAAACGGCACUCGCGAAUCAAAGCUACUGCUCCUUUGAGUACAGCCAGUCCUUUUGUUGGAGCAACCUCGAACCUAUCGGUAUAUAUGGACCCUAGUCAAACUCCUCAAUCGUUGGCAAAACAAUUACUAUAA